AUGGAAUCAGGCGGGCAGACGGGCAUACCCAUGUCCGAGGGAGCUUCCACCUCGCCGGCCAUGGCCUCCAACACGCCCGAUCGGGGCGAAUUGAAGCGCAAACGACAGCCACGAAAUUCGGUAUAAGUCAUGACCCGAUACGCCCCGUCCGAGACAUGAACUUACCCUUCCUCUCGCGCAGGCUUGCCAGUCGUGCUCGGCGCUGAAGAUGAAGGUGCAUUCGAACCGCAGCGCUCCCGUGUGUGAAUGCUGGUGCGGUCGGUGUCGCUGACCAGCAUCGCAGUGUAUCUCGACCCCGAAUGGCAAAUGCGAAAGGUAAGUAGUCUCGUCCGUACCUUGCCUUGCCUUGCUCUGCUGUGCUUUGCUUUGCAGGCAGGCAGGCAGACAGGCAGGCAAUGAAGCUUGUCACAAGCUGCUGCAGGCCCGCUCAAACAUUAAGUUCGAUGCCACGGCGCCAUCAGCUCCUCACACCAUUCAUCGCCCGCACUCUCUGCGUCUGUCCCCUUCUGAAUAAGCAUCCCCUCUCCUCCUCUUCUCUGCAUCGACUCUCCCCUGCCGCCCUCACUGCUGCAGUCCGCCUGCUUUCUGCACUCGCUCGACGCGAAGAUGGCACGGCAGAUCGCUGACCAAGUGCUUGCAGAUGCAAUCGAAUGGACAGAGAUUGUGUCCCUGCCAUCCCAAAGCCCCGAAAACGGCGUGGAGAGAGCGGAGUCGGUGUCGACUCUGAGGGCGUGAGUCUCUUGGAGUUUGCAGGCCCUUCAACCGCUGCUGCUGGUCCGCCUCCCAAGUUCGAUCCACCGCGCCAGACUCAGUCCGAGGAUGUGACCGAAAGGACUUCCUUACUCGCGCGACAUGACUUGUCGCAUACCGACAGCAAGUCAUUCCUGACCCUCUUCUCCCAAGGUCUCGGUAAUGUCGCUGUAAGUGGUCCUCUUUCGUCUGUACUCAUAUGGAUAGCUUGGUCCAUUCCAACUGCAGCAUCUCAUGUCGAAGCUUGUCUUGCUAAUUCAAAGACGUCCAAAGGCAUGUGAGGACCUCCUGCAAGGCGUAGACUACAACUUUGUGGGAAGCUGCUUCACCAUCUUUCGUCAAUUAGCUCCGCAUUUUCCCUUCGUUUGGCUUCAUCCGGGCGCAGACACAAUCGGUGGGCCAACACUUCUCCUAAACUCCGAUUUCUGAAUCUACUGACUGGGAUUCAGCCAUGGUUGCACGCAGACCAUGCCUCACGCUGGCGAUUUGCACAGUGUCAUCCGCCUCGAAUCGCGACAUGCAGUCACGAUUAAGUCAGGCGUUCCAGUAUACACUUUCUUCGAAAGUCAUUCUGGGAGGACAGCGUAGUCUAGACUUGUUGACAGGCCUACUGGUGUACCUAGCCUGGCAUCACCAAUACAUGUCACAGCCCCAGAUCUACCAAGAGUUGUACCUGUUGGCCGGCAUGGCGGCCGAUCUGGGCGUGUAUGGCACGAAACUAGAGCCUCUGGACGCCAGCAGUGCUCUGGAACGGGAUCGUGCGUUCGUUGGCUGCUACUAUCUGUGUUCCGGCCUCUCUGCCACGGGGUUCGACAAGCCAAGUCCCCUGCGGUUCAGCGACAGUCUUCGGCUAUGUGCAGAGCGAGCCGCAGCGGCAAACAUGGUCCCUUCUGAUUCCGCUCUUGUCUCUCUAUUAGAGCUCAUGCAUGCUCUUACUGACAUGGAAGAUGCACUUCGAGAAGACGCGCAAACAGCACGCGCUAGCUCAUUGCAAUUCAUUGACUUGCACGUUAGAGCGACCAACCAGCGACUGAAAGCUCUGAAGAGAGAGCAUCCUGCUUUAGCCGGCUCACUGGCGUUCUCGGCUGCGAACAUACAUAUUUACCAAAGGUUGAUGCGGGUCAGCGAAACGCCAGACUAUCCCACUUUGAUUCAGUGUGCUUGCUCGAUAAAAGAAUAUGUUGACGAUAUACUGGCUCGGCCGCCAUCGAUGUUGCACCGAAUCUCGAUCACGGAUUGGACCAAUCUGAUGGAAAUCCUGGUUCUGAUGGCUCGUGUCUCCAAGGCACCUCCCACGACUGGCGGAUGGGAAGCAGGCGCGUUGACAUCCAUGCUUCAGCCUGAAGCUGGACUCGACGCACUCUGUUCCCACAUGGCGUCUGCGCCCGCAAAUGAUACGCUCUCACCUCGACACGAACAGCUGCUCCAGUGGCUCCGCAACGUGAGCGAUAGUAUUAAGAGGCGAUUUCUUCAUGAGACAGGCGAGAGCACAUGGGGACAAUACGGCAGCGGAGACCAGCGAUCCUCUUCAGAUGGGCGAUCGCGUCCCGGCGACGAGCAAGCCAGGCAGCCCGACAUACUCAACUUCCUUGGCAAUGGCGUACUGGACUUCAACUCUUGGAGCAGUCUCACCGCACGAUGA